UCGAAGGAGGGCAGAAUGGCUGCUGACUGUAGCGCUUUUCAAUCAUUUUGACUCGGGGAACAGAGAGCCACAUUUGGACUGAAGGGUGCAGUAACCCUGUGCUCACUGUUUUUCUGUGUAUCGGGGGCGUUUGAACAGUGUUUAAACUGGUCCAUCAAAUAAUGUGGUUUUAGUCAAUUUUAUAGACAGUUCAGCGGUUUGUUAUGGUAAAGACUAAGUGAAGACUCAAGAGCACGGUGCUAUUAGGGCUGUGUAGCUGUUGCCGAGAACAGGCCGGUUGGAGGUUUUUUUUUUUUUUUUUUUAAUAAGUAACAGGAGCACGGUACUGUCUCAGACAUAUCCGAUUUAUGCGGCUUUGAAGAACAACAAACAGCGUUACUUAAUUGUAAAUAACACGCAAAGAUGGAUUUAAAAUCCUUUUUUAUAUGCAUGCUACUGGGAUGUUUGCAGUACAGUAAUGCUCAACAAGAUGGAAAUGACUGUAUCAAAGCCAAUGCAAAGUCAUGUGGGGAGUGUAUACAAGUUGGUGCAAAUUGUGGAUGGUGUACUGAACCAGAUUUUUUAAAACAAGGAGAGCCAACCUCUGCAAGGUGUGAUGUUCUUGAAUCUCUCGAAAAACGGUGUAAAGAGAUUGAAAACCCCAGAGGCAAUAAAAAAGUGGUCCUGAACAAGGCAGUAACAAACCGCAAUCACGGCACAGAUGAACGGAAACCAGAAGAUAUCACGCAGAUUCAGCCCCAGAAAAUGGAAUUAACCCUGCGAUCAGGUGAACCCCAGACUUUUGAACUGAAAUUCAAAAGAGCGGAGGACUACCCCAUUGAUCUCUAUUACCUUAUGGAUCUCUCAUUCUCCAUGAAGGAUGAUUUGGAAAAUGUGAAGAAUCUCGGAACUAAUCUGAUGCGUGAAAUGCAAGACAUUACUUCUGAUUUUAGAAUUGGUUUCGGCUCCUUUGUGGAGAAAACUGUGAUGCCCUACAUCAGCACCACCCCAGCCAAGCUGCUGAACCCUUGCACCGGUGACCAAAACUGUACCAGCCCCUUCAGCUACAAAAAUGUCCUCAAGCUCACCAACAAUGGAAACCAGUUCAAUACUCUUGUAGGACAGCAGCAGAUUUCUGGAAACUUGGAUUCUCCUGAAGGUGGUUUUGAUGCCAUAAUGCAGGUUGCUGUCUGUGGUGAGCAUAUUGGCUGGCGAAAUGUCACCCGAUUGUUGGUGUUCUCCACUGAUGCGGGAUUCCACUUUGCUGGAGAUGGGAAACUGGGUGGAAUAGUUCUGCCAAAUGAUGGAAAGUGCCAUCUGGAAAAUGGCAUGUACACCAUGAGUCAUUACUAUGACUAUCCAUCUAUUGCCCACCUUGUACAGAAAUUAAGUGACAACAACAUCCAGACCAUCUUUGCUGUGACAGAAGAAUUCCAGCCUGUUUACAAGGAACUGAAGAAUCUCAUUCCGAAGUCUGCUGUAGGAACUCUCUCUUCCAACUCCAGCAAUGUAAUCAAGCUGAUUAUCGAUGCUUAUAAUUCUCUGUCUUCAGAGGUAAUCCUUGAGAACAGCAAGCUUCCAGAGGGGGUGACCAUUAACUAUGUUUCACAUUGCAAGAAUGGGCUCGUCAACACUGGAGAAAACGGAAGAAAAUGUUCCAACAUUUCCAUUGGAGAUGAGGUCAUGUUUAAUAUCAGUAUUACUGCACACAAAUGUCCAAAGAAAGGCCAGGAAGAAACAGUCAAGAUCAAACCACUGGGCUUCACGGAAGAAGUUGAAAUCAAACUUAAGUUUGUCUGCGAGUGCGAGUGCCACGACAAGGGAAUUCCAAACAGCCCAAAAUGCAACGAUGGCAACGGGACAUUUGAGUGUGGUGCCUGCAGGUGUAAUGAAGGCCGUAUUGGUAGGCUUUGCGAGUGCAGCACAGAAGAAGUGAACAGUGAUGACCUGGAUGCGAACUGUCGACGGGACAAUGGCACAGAUAUCUGCAGUACCAAUGGAGACUGUAUCUGUGGAGAAUGUGUUUGCAAAAAGAGGGAUAACCCCAACGAAAUCUACUCCGGCAAAUACUGCGAGUGUGACAACUUCAACUGUGACAGGUCAAACAACAUGAUCUGUGGUGGAAAUGGCGAAUGUGUCUGCAGGGUAUGCAAAUGCUCCCCCAGCUAUACCGGCAGUGCCUGUGACUGCUCACUGAACACAUCCACAUGUUUAGCAAAGAAUGGACAGAUCUGCAACGGCAGAGGAAAUUGUGAAUGUGGCACCUGCAAAUGCACAGAUCCAAAAUUCCAGGGACCAACCUGUGAGAUAUGCCCCACGUGCCCAGGAGUGUGUGCCGAGCAUAAGGAGUGUGUACAGUGCAGAACCUUUAAUACAGGAGAGAAGAAAGACACCUGUGAGGCAGACUGCUCGUAUUUCAACCUCACCAAGGUGAACGAUCGGGACAAGCUGCCCCAGCCGGGCCAGGCCACGGCACUGACUCACUGUAAAGAGAGGGAUGCGAGCGACUGCUGGUUUUACUUCACCUACGGCGUCAACAACACAGAAAACGACAUCCAUGUGCAUGUUGUUGACGUACUAGAGUGUCCUACUGGACCAGACAUUAUCCCGAUUGUGGCAGGUGUGGUCGCUGGCAUCGUGCUGAUCGGUCUCGCUCUCCUGCUCAUCUGGAAGCUGCUCAUGAUCAUCCACGACAGAAGGGAGUUUGCUAAGUUUGAAAAGGAAAAGUUGAAUGCUAAAUGGGACACGGGUGAAAAUCCCAUCUACAAGAGUGCUGUGACAACUGUGAUCAAUCCUAAGUAUGAGGGCAAAUAAUCAGACGUGUGUUAACACUGUAUGCAAAUUUUUUUUUUUGGGGGGGGGGGGGGGGUGGCAAUGGGUUUUAAUUUAAGUUUUUGUUUUUCUUGUAAGGUUUUCAUUAUGAUAGGCCACUUUCAGUUUUUUGGUUUUUUAACCUUUUUUUUUUCCCUAUGCAGUUUGAAAAUGUAGUGCAUAAUUUUAUUUUUUUUUCUUUCUAAAAUUGUUGAUGCCACAGGAGAUCUUUUUGAUUUAUUACAAGGUCCACAAAGGUCAGAGAUUGUGCCUUUCAUUUCAAGAUACCCACAAACAUGGGUCUGUUGCAUAGUCUAUGGGUUUUUAUUUUUGUUUGUUUUUUUUUUAGCCAUUGUUAUGGUGCCUUCAAGGGCUUGAAUUUACAGAUUGCUGCCAGGGAUAUUGGAAUAGUUGUAUUUUGUUGUAAGAUGCUUUCUGUCUUUAGAAAUGUUAUGUGCAAGUAGUGUAAUGGACUGCUGGUUUAGGAGUGGGAAAUGUGCAGAAGAAAGAUAUAAUGUGCAGGUGAAAAGUUAGUCUGAUAUUAUACUAAGGGAAGAUGAAAUGUGCUUGUAAAUGUAGCUACUGAUAGGCUUGUUCAGUGUAACCCCAGCUAAUUAAAUUAUCUGCAAGUAGCUUCAAGGAGCAGUCCUAAAAUUCAAGCCCAGAUCAACUCAAUUAAGCCAUGCCAAAAAAAGCAUAAAAAAACAGUGUCUCAUUUACAAAAAGCCUUAGUUUAAUUUUUUUUUUUUUUUUUUUUUGCUAUCAAGUACCAUAACUGUAUUUUGCAGGAUUUUAACUAUUUUGUUGUCUGAGCUUGCAUAUGUUUUUUAUUAUUGUAUUAACAAUUUAUUUUAAGAGAAACCCUCCAUACACAUUUUUCCUUGUAUUUGUAUGUAUAUAAGCAGAGGUUAAAAUGCAGCCUUGCAUACUGAUGAUCCACACAAAAGGAUUAGCAACACUAUUUUGUUUUGUAAUGUCAUACAAGAAACAGCAUUAGAAAAUGGCCUCUGGAAUACUUUUAAAAAGCGUCUCAUGUACUUACACGUGUCAUAUCCUUGUUAAGUGCCUUUUUAUUUUAGCAUUAUGUUCACUUUUGCAAUGCUGUUUCUGAAAUUAUUUAUUAAAGUACCAAAAAUGA